CAGCCGGGAAAGCGUAUUUGUUUAUGAAUUUAUCAUCGGCUACUUAAAGUGAUAAAAAUAUCUGGUAACUUUACUUUAGCAAAAUAAGCUAAUAUCCCAAAGCGAGCAAGGGUUUCUAGUUUCGCCACUGUAUAUUUUUUAAGCCUUUGGCAUUCCCAAAAUCUUUGAUAGUCAGUGUACGAUUCGUGUUGUUUAUGGAUAAACAUAAUCUGGACGGAGAUGAAGCGGUCCGCUCGACAAACGACGAUGCUAGCCACUGCAAAAGGUUUGCAGUUCAAUUGGGAUAUUGGACUGACCCUUACUUGCCUCUUCUGGUACGAAGCACUGAAAGGAAAACACCUGAAAUAAACCGUGGUUAUUUUGCAAGAGUUAUAGGCAUCACAAAUAUAAUUGAAAAAUUUAUUAAGGCUAUGGAAGGAAAUUGUCAAAUUGUAAAUUUUGGAGCUGGAUUUGACACCCUGUACUGGAAGUUGCUAGAUGCUGGUCUAUCUGUGAAAAAGUUUGUAGAAAUUGAUUUUGCAAAUGUUACUUCUCGCAAAUGCCACUACAUUAGGAAUAAUGACAAGUUGAUCCGAGGACUCCAUUCUGAUGAUGAGGAAAUAAGAUACAGCACCAGUGAAUUGCAUUCUGGGGUCUAUCAUUUGGCUGCGGCUGAUCUCCGCAAAUUAUCCGAAGUAGAGUCCAAGCUUGCGGAGUGUUCAAUGGAAUACAAUGUGCCGACUCUUUUCCUUUUCGAGUGUGUUUUGGUUUAUAUGCCCAUACAAUUCAGCCAUGCCCUUUUGCAACUUAUUGCGGACAAAUUCUCUACCACUUUCUGUAUCAAUUACGAGCAGGUCAACAUGACUGAUAGAUUUGGGGAUGUCAUGCUAUCUAAUUUGAGAUCAAGGGGCUGUUCUCUAGCAGGAGUAGAGGCCUGCGCGUCACUGAAAAGCCAAGAAGACCGAUUUAUUCUCAAUGGAUGGGAUGGAGCCCGAGCGUUAGAGAUGAAUCAAGUCUAUCACAGUCUAAUAUCACCCGUCGAAAUUCAAAGGAUAGAAAAAAUUGAAUUUCUUGAUGAAAAAGAAUUGUUGGAUCAGCUUUUUCAUCAUUACUGCAUCUGUGUGGCAUGGAAAGAUAGUCUCGAUUUAAAAUUAAACUUGUUGACCAUUGAUUGAUGGUGAGAAAAAGAGAAAAAACGUGUGCUAAAAGCUGUUUAGUUGACAAAUGUCAUAUACCUGCCUAUGAAGAGUAAACGAAACAUUCAAUGACUGAUGUUACCAACAA